CAGGCUCCGCCCCUGCCGUACCUCCCGGCAGGCGCCGCGGCGGGCAAAGAUGGCGGCCGGCGGCAGGGCGGGCGUGGGGCGCCUGGGCCUGAGGCCCCUGUGGAAGGCUGCAGCCUCUGUGCUGCGUCCUGCUGGAGCUGCCCCAGGCUGUCUCAUUGUCCCAGUGAGGACGAAGAAGAAGCACUACUCUCUCCCAGAGUGGGCCAGGGAGCUGACCCCAGAGCAGAAGGAGCAGAGGCUCAGAUCCUCAGGCCUCAUCUUUCCUGAGGAACGUAUGGAGAGGACCUUCUACUUGGCCUGCACAGCUGACAUCAUCGACCCUUAUGUGCCUCCUGAGGGUGAUGCUCGUCUGACCUCUCUGUCCAAGGAUGGGCUGAAGCAGAGGAUGCAGAAGCUGAAGCAAAGUGCUGCCUCCCAGCUGGCGCUGAGGAAGAUCAAAGAUCAUGAUCCAGAUUUCAGCACCAAGACCUUCCCAGAGCAAGCUCAGCAGAUCUUUAUUGAAGCUCACAAUUGCCUCACCAACUUUAACAAGCAGAAGCUUCACUCCCUGGUCACGGAGCGCUGCUACCCGGACAUGGUCCGAGGCAACAGGUACAAGACCAUCAGGUGGAGCUUCGUGGAGUCCCUGGAGCCUCCCAGAGUGGUUCACCUGCGCUGUGACAGCAUCGUCAACAGGGGCAACCUCUACGGCCAGGUCACAGUCAGGAUGCACACGCGGCAGGUUCUGGCCAUCUAUGACCGCUUCGGGCGGCUGAUGUACGGGGAGGAGCAGGCCCCCCGGGACGCGCUGGAGUAUGUCGUGUUCGAGCGGUACUUGGCCAACCCCUACGGCACCUGGAGGAUGCACGGCAAGAUCCUGCCGGCCUGGGCGCCCCCCAAGCAGCCAAUCGUCAAGACUGUGAUGAUUCCUGGCCCAGCCUUGGACCCCUCUCAAGAGUAUGAAGAAGCAAAGUAGGGAGUUCAGAGCCUGUAAAGGGCAGAGCAGUGCAGGCAACCCUGGAGGGAAGAGGUGGAGGUAGCAGCUUGGACAUGGCUCUGCCUUGCCAGGGAGCAAGAGGCUCCAGAAAUGGACUCACCCCAAAGCCAGGAGGCUCCAGAAAUGGAUCCCUUCAAAUCCAGGAGUGCUUCAGAAAUGUCCCCCCCCCGAGUCAAGAGGCCUCAGAAGUGGACCCCAGACGCUAAGAAAUUGGCUCUAAGCUGAAGGAGAGAGGCCUGGGAGGGGAUUCAGAUGAGCUCUGAGAAGAUCUUAACUCCCUCCAAGCAGCCUGAGUGUGCUGCAGCAGCUUCAGGCUCUCUCCUUUCUGGGAGGAGGAGAAAUUUGUUCUCUUCUCCCUGCCCUCUUGGCUGCCCCCUCUCCUCAGCUGGCACCCUGAGAAGCCUUGGCAGCAGCAGUGUGCCCAGAGGAAGGGACAUUUGGCACUGCCAGGGGAAGUGCCAUCGACCUGGUGGGCUUUCAGUGGCAGUGGCUCUUGGCUCUGUUCUUUUUCUCACCCCCCCAACCCUCCUUCCCUCCCUGUGCUGGUUCCCAGGCCUCCUCUCUUUGCCAGAAGACAGGAGGAGGAGCAGCCAACCCCUUUCGUUCUCCUUGGGCGGCUCCAGGGCUUGGGCUCCUCCUGCAGGGCUGCUUGGGUAAAGGCAAAGCUUCCCCCGGGGGCUGCAGCACAGCACCCAGGAGGUAAUAAAAGGUUUUGACUCCUGCA